AUGCCAUCUCUGAAAGCCAGUGGUCAUUUGCCUACUGUCGAUGUGUCCGUUCCCGAUGCAUCGUUGGGAGGUGAUCUAUCCGGUAAGCUCGAUUUGGAGGGUGUCGGUGUGGGAGUUGUGGACGCCGAUUUGAAUCUGCCAGACCUACAGAUCUCAGGAAAUGUGAGUGCACCGUCUGUCGAGGGAGACCUAUCCAUGCCAGAUGUUUCCGCCAAUCUGGACACAGAUGUGAAACUGCCCAGUGUGCAACUGACUGGUCCAGAUCUCCGUGUACAUGGUGAGAUGCCGGAUGUGGAUGUGGGUGCUAAGGUGGAUGUGCCGAAACCACAUAUUUCAAUCAAGACACCGAAAUUCGGGUUCGGUCUGGGCAAGAAGAAGACGAAAGUGAAGACUCCAAAGGCUGAUGUGAAAGUGGAGGGUGGAGCAGGUGGGGAUAUAGAUUUGGAUGCCGGUUUGGACGCUCACUUAGAUGGUAAAGCAAGAAAGGGAGGUAAGAAGUUCCAUUGGUCUCCUAAGUUCGGGUUGCCGAAGGGUGGUCUGAAGAUUGGUGGAGGUGCUGGUGUUGGAGUGCCGGACACCUCGGUGUCUGUCUCAGGUACGACUGGUGGUGUGGAUGUGUCUCUUCCGAAACCCGAACUCGAUGUCUCCAUGGAGGUUCCCGACGUUGGUGUGUCCGCCUCUGUGCCCGAAAUCGAUGUAUCAGGUGGUGAGUUGGGACUGACUGGGAAGGUUUCUGCACCCGGUGUGGAUGUCAGUGUUCCGUCGAAGAAGAAGAAGUUCACCUUCGGUUGGGGCUCGAAAGACAAGAAGGCGAAGAAGGUGAAGUUGCCCACAGUGUCGGGAGACGUGGAUGCUAGUUUGGAUGUGGGUGGAAAGGUUGAUGUUCCCAGUGUGAAGGUUGAUGUGGACUCAGGUGAUCGAGUCAAAGGUAAGAAGUUCCACUGGUCUCCGAAUAUCUCAUUGCCAAAGUUGAAAGUGCAUGGACCAGAUUUGUCUGGAAAACUUCAUGCAGAUGCACCUGAUGUGGAUGUGAAUGUGACUGGUCCAUCUGUGGAGAUGCCAUCUCUGAAAGCCAGUGGUCAUUUGCCUACUGUCGAUGUGUCCGUUCCCGAUGCAUCGUUGGGAGGUGAUCUAUCCGGUAAGCUCGAUUUGGAGGGUGUCGGUGUGGGAGUUGUGGACGCCGAUUUGAAUCUGCCAGACCUACAGAUCUCAGGAAAUGUGAGUGCACCGUCUGUCGAGGGAGACCUAUCCAUGCCAGAUGUUUCCGCCAAUCUGGACACAGAUGUGAAACUGCCCAGUGUGCAACUGACUGGUCCAGAUCUCCGUGUACAUGGUGAGAUGCCGGAUGUGGAUGUGGGUGCUAAGGUGGAUGUGCCGAAACCACAUAUUUCAAUCAAGACACCGAAAUUCGGGUUCGGUCUGGGCAAGAAGAAGACGAAAGUGAAGACUCCAAAGGCUGAUGUGAAAGUGGAGGGUGGAGCAGGUGGGGAUAUAGAUUUGGAUGCCGGUUUGGACGCUCACUUAGAUGGUAAAGCAAGAAAGGGAGGUAAGAAGUUCCAUUGGUCUCCUAAGUUCGGGUUGCCGAAGGGUGGUCUGAAGAUUGGUGGAGGUGCUGGUGUUGGAGUGCCGGACACCUCGGUGUCUGUCUCAGGUACGACUGGUGGUGUGGAUGUGUCUCUUCCGAAACCCGAACUCGAUGUCUCCAUGGAGGUUCCCGACGUUGGUGUGUCCGCCUCUGUGCCCGAAAUCGAUGUAUCAGGUGGUGAGUUGGGACUGACUGGGAAGGUUUCUGCACCCGGUGUGGAUGUCAGUGUUCCGUCGAAGAAGAAGAAGUUCACCUUCGGUUGGGGCUCGAAAGACAAGAAGGCGAAGAAGGUGAAGUUGCCCACAGUGUCGGGAGACGUGGAUGCUAGUUUGGAUGUGGGUGGAAAGGUUGAUGUUCCCAGUGUGAAGGUUGAUGUGGACUCAGGUGAUCGAGUCAAAGGUAAGAAGUUCCACUGGUCUCCGAAUAUCUCAUUGCCAAAGUUGAAAGUGCAUGGACCAGAUUUGUCUGGAAAACUUCAUGCAGAUGCACCUGAUGUGGAUGUGAAUGUGACUGGUCCAUCUGUGGAGAUGCCAUCUCUGAAAGCCAGUGGUCAUUUGCCUACUGUCGAUGUGUCCGUUCCCGAUGCAUCGUUGGGAGGUGAUCUAUCCGGUAAGCUCGAUUUGGAGGGUGUCGGUGUGGGAGUUGUGGACGCCGAUUUGAAUCUGCCAGACCUACAGAUCUCAGGAAAUGUGAGUGCACCGUCUGUCGAGGGAGACCUAUCCAUGCCAGAUGUUUCCGCCAAUCUGGACACAGAUGUGAAACUGCCCAGUGUGCAACUGACUGGUCCAGAUCUCCGUGUACAUGGUGAGAUGCCGGAUGUGGAUGUGGGUGCUAAGGUGGAUGUGCCGAAACCACAUAUUUCAAUCAAGACACCGAAAUUCGGGUUCGGUCUGGGCAAGAAGAAGACGAAAGUGAAGACUCCAAAGGCUGAUGUGAAAGUGGAGGGUGGAGCAGGUGGGGAUAUAGAUUUGGAUGCCGGUUUGGACGCUCACUUAGAUGGUAAAGCAAGAAAGGGAGGUAAGAAGUUCCAUUGGUCUCCUAAGUUCGGGUUGCCGAAGGGUGGUCUGAAGAUUGGUGGAGGUGCUGGUGUUGGAGUGCCGGACACCUCGGUGUCUGUCUCAGGUACGACUGGUGGUGUGGAUGUGUCUCUUCCGAAACCCGAACUCGAUGUCUCCAUGGAGGUUCCCGACGUUGGUGUGUCCGCCUCUGUGCCCGAAAUCGAUGUAUCAGGUGGUGAGUUGGGACUGACUGGGAAGGUUUCUGCACCCGGUGUGGAUGUCAGUGUUCCGUCGAAGAAGAAGAAGUUCACCUUCGGUUGGGGCUCGAAAGACAAGAAGGCGAAGAAGGUGAAGUUGCCCACAGUGUCGGGAGACGUGGAUGCUAGUUUGGAUGUGGGUGGAAAGGUUGAUGUUCCCAGUGUGAAGGUUGAUGUGGACUCAGGUGAUCGAGUCAAAGGUAAGAAGUUCCACUGGUCUCCGAAUAUCUCAUUGCCAAAGUUGAAAGUGCAUGGACCAGAUUUGUCUGGAAAACUUCAUGUAGAUGCACCUCUUCCUAAUAUUCAUUUAUUAGACUCUGUACCUAAUGUUCUUUCUUCUUCUUCUCUUUCUUCUUCUGUUCCUGUUGUUGAUGUUUCCCCUGGUUACGUUCUUUCUGAUUCUUGCUUAUCUCCCGACUUCGUGCAAUCUUACGUGCGUGAUUCUGUUUUGAUUGUUUCUGACUCUGACCUAAUUUCCCCUGUGAUUGGUUUCGGUCCUGCUGUCGUUUCUUCGCCUUCACCUUCUGGUCCAUUCGAAUCUGUUGAUUUCCUUCCUGUCGUUGAGGAACCUGUUAUUUCACCAUUUUCCUCACCUGAAUUUUGUGAAUCCAGUACUCUUCCUUCUCGAAUUUCUCCUCGAAAUGCUUUUCAGGAUAUAGAUGAGAGCUUUUCAUCUCCUGUUGAUUCUGGUUUUAAUGGUGACAUUUCUAAUGAUGAGGCUGAAAUUGAUGAAAUUUUUAUUGUUCCCAUUCAAACCGAUCGUGUCCUACCGAAAGAGCAAUAUUUUACAGAAUCACAGGACAUUGUAGGUGCUGAAGCUGAAGAAGAAUCGUAUUCUCCAACUCAGAAUUUGAAUGCAUCAAAUGGGAUAAUAUCUGAUGAAAUUAAAUUACACAGUCCAUUUCAUAUUUUGAAAUCAAAAAAACAUGAUAAAGAUUCUGCUCACCGAGUAAAAGUCAUCGAUGCCAACGACCAUAUCUCAACAAAUACUGAAAAACUUAAUGUUAAUAAUACUCUUUAUAACAUCCCUGAUGGUUCAGGACGUAUUACAGUUGACAGCAAGUCUAAGAAAAAGGUGAAAUCUCAUCAUAAGAAACCACACAUAUUCGGUGGUCAAAUAUCGACUGAUGAAAUUAUUUCAGAUACUCCCAUGAAGCUGGAUCAUCAUGGAGACUACCACGACCUAAUAGGAGUAUCUGUUUCUGGUCAUAAUGCUGAUCUUGCUUUAACUCCUCGGCGUUCUCCCAGUAAACUCAGAGAUCCCUCUAUUCGGAAAACGUGGCAUGGUGCUAGAGAACCCUAUUCUGACUUUGUAGGAAGUCUCAAUUCAGACCAAGAUGAAUACACUUUAACCGAAGAUGUUUCGGUUAGUUAUCUACAACCAAGGUCAACCACAAAAUCUUCAAAUAACAAUUCAUUAAACGCUUCUGACUUUCUUCGACGUAGUAUAGGAAAUUCAACAAAACGCCGCCCUUGGAGCACUUUAGAAUAUCCACCACCUGGGUGUCAUUUUGUAGACGAUGAUUACAUGUUUCCAGAUGCUUUAACACCGACUAAAAUUCCAAGUUUUCGAGCAAGCAAGGAAAUAGUUUAUGAUGUUCCAUAUAUCGACGAUAAAGCCAUUCCACGUUAUGAACCUGAAUGGCCUAUAGGUGAAUCAAGAAGAACUUUGAUAUCUCAACUCUCGCAGAAUAGUGGCAGUAUUGUUCGAAUGACAGCUGAGGAAGAAAGCAGUCUUAUAUCACUUGAUACUAAACUCUCCGAUCAUCAGAAUAUAUCCAAAAGAAUAAGUCGAUUUACAUCACAUCUAUUGAAAGGUAACAAAUCUUCAUUGGAACAAGAUGAUGAUAAUAACCAUCGAUUCAGCAUCUACAAUAAUAAUGAUAAUUAUUAUCUAAGUAUAUUUCGUUUGCAUGGAGUCCUAAAUGGCUUGAAAUUCAACUAUUAA